AUGGGCGGUGCCAUCUUCUUUCCCACGGGCUUCGUGGCCGUCAUAUUGAGCCUCGUCAGCGGCUACGCCCUGACUCAGUCCCUCACCUCGAUCGCAAACAUCAAAAAGUACGAAGAAAAGGCAGAGAAGGCGGCGGAGUGGAGCGGUACUGCUGAGAAGCGACUCUGGGACACGCGGUACACCAUUGGAACUGGUUUCGUCUCUUGUCUGGUGUCCCUCUCCACGGCGGUGGCGUACUGUAUCUUUGUCCCAGGCGGCAGCGGUGUGCUGGCUGCUCCCUGGCGGACCCUCUGGCCGGCCCUGCUGGGUGUUGUCCUCCGCUUUGGGUCGGCCAAGUACAUGCAGGAUUUCUGGGCGACGAAGGCCAAGAUGCCGAUGCUGGACCAGUACAAUGCUGCCAUCUCCCAAAGCAUGGACGUCAUUGGCUUUCUGGAUGUGCUCUCGGUGGGAUGGGGGAUUAUGGCGGUGUUGAAGUUGCUGAGGCUAUGA